GAGAUUACCUUUCUGGAAGAACGUUUAAGGGCUAAGGAACGGGAAGUACACGAACUGGAGAUCUCCCUCGAAGCUUCUCAGCGAGCGUUGAGAGAAUUACGUUUAAGCCAACAAUCACCUGACUGGGUGAAGACAGUGCUAAGACAUUAUCUAAUCAAAGAGGAAAUCUCCAAAAAAGCUUCCAGAUUUUCUGAAGUUCGGUCAAGAUCAUCCCUGGCUUAUAAGGAUGGAACAAAGGUUCCACAUGAUUUUAAUCUUGUUUCUCGUAUAAUUAUGAGAUUAGGCUUAACAAUCCGGUAUCUAGUUUAGUUAAUCUAACUAUGUCAACAAUAUCUAAUUAUUUAAUGUAUUCAUCAUGUAAACUUUUUCUUUUUAAUUCAUAUAUGUAUUUUGGUAUUGGACUUUCUGUGUUGCAAUAAAGCAUUAAUUAAAUGUUUUUCGUAUGAAUAGGAACAACAUUUUAUUUGCUUCAAAGACAAAAGUUUCUUGCUACUUUUCCACUAAACAGCUCUGACAAGGUAUGGAAAAUGUCUAUUGGGACAUCAAGUAACCGACUGAAGAGACCACGAUAGUGAUCAUAAUUUUUCUGUUUGAUCAGAAAAAUGGAUUUCCAGUAUCGUUUCCCAACCUCGCUAAGAAGACAAAUGUCUAUAGGAAAAAUAAAGUAGCUGAUAAUGCUGUAGUUUCUCUACUUCAUAAAUGGACCACAAGACAAAUGUUUAUAGGAAAACCAAGAGAGCAAAGCUAAUGCUAACACAUCAUGUAAACAAAGAGGAAUCACCAAAGAAUCUUCCAGAUUCUUUGAAUCCAAGAUCAUGUCCUGGCUUAUAAGGAUGGGACUGAGGUUCCACAUGAUUUCAAUCUUGUUUCUCGUAUGAAGAGGAACAACAUUUGAUUUGCUUCAAACACACAAAACAGAUUUACGAAGAGCUCCUAAUCCAUUCGUCUCACAACAGAGGAUUUUUCAAGAGAGAAAUGGACAUAGCAUCCAGAUGCCGUCACCCUUGCUUAUUACAGUUUAUUGGGGGAACAAACGAUAAUCUAGGAAGCAGUCCCCAGUCCUUGUUACUGAGUGGAUGGAAUGCAGCCUAA